AUGUCCUCUACGAUGUGUAAGGGCCCCGCCGUCCCCGGGCCCGAUUUCUCUGCAUUUCAGCGCCUCCUCAAGCCUCUAUUUCCUGGGGUAAAGAUCCAAAACAUACGGUUACUCGAAGGCCAUUCACACCCGCUCCAUUUUCUCCAGUUAUCAAAUGGUUUGGAGCUUGUCCUUAAGGCUCGCCCGCUGCUCUCGACACCGGUCCUCCGCCAUGAACGAUAUAAUCUAGAGACAGAGGCUGCAGUUCUCUCUUUACUAUCGCAAAGCAAAAUAGACGGGAUCCCCAAACUUAGCAAAGUCGAAAACCCAUCUAUACCUCAACGCACCUCGUAUCUUCUCAGACACUCUAUUCGCGGAUUGCCACUUUCUGAAAUAGACGUUUCUUUAUCAGUAGAUGAGCAAAAAGGCAUCGACAGACGUGUGAGCGCCACUUUGAACUUGAUAGCACAGCACACCUCUUCCCAGUUUGGGCUUGUACACAAUGUUGCGUCCGGAGCUGGAUGUCGGACUUGGAAGCAGGCCUUUUUAGCAUUACUCGAUUCUCUCAUCUGGGAUGCAGAAAAUCUCUUUAUAUCAUUACCAUACCCUGAAAUUCGACAGCAUGCAAUGCGACUCUCUGCGUGCCUUGACGACGUUAAGCUACCACGCUUAGUCAUUCUUAACAUUGGGCAACCGUCGCAGACCAUAGUUGAUCCAAGAACAAAACGGGUAUCAGGAUUCGUUGACUUCAGCAGCGCUUUGUGGGGAGACCCGCUGAUGGCUGAGAUUUUUGAGUCGGCGUCAUCGGCAUUUCUUGAGGGCUUUCAGUCCGAUAUGGAUGAGAAAUCCGCUCCAAUUCGAUUAUUAUUAUAUUCUUGCUACCACAAUAUUCUCAGAGUUGUCCGACAAUACUAUCGCAACCGUGAAGACGAUGAAGAAUUGACCGCCCGCCGGGCUUUGACAGCUCGACUCGCCAAAUUAUCGACUCUAGAAUUCCCAUAA